AUGAGUUUUAUCAUGAAACUUCACAGACAUUUUCAAAGAACAGUUAUUUUGCUGGCCACUUUUUGUAUGGUGAGCAUAGUUAUUUCUGCGUACUACUUGUAUAAUGGCUACAAACAGGAGAAUGAACUUCCUGAAAUCUCUUCAGAAGCAGAAUGUGGUGAUCUUCAACUGUUGCCAUACAAGCUGAUGGAGAUGAAGACCAUGAAGCCUAUUGAUCCCCUGAGGACAGAUCUUGUAGUGCUGGUGUUUGUGGAAAGUCAGUACUCAACAUUAGGCCAAGAUAUAAUAACCAUUUUAGAAUCUAGCAGAUUUCAGUUUCACAUUGAGAUUGCACCUGGAAAAGGCGACCUCCCGGUGCUUAUAGACAAAAAUAAAGGCAAAUAUGCUCUCAUAGUGUAUGAAAAUAUUCUAAAGUAUGUGAAUAUGGACUCUUGGAACAGAGGCCUUCUAGAUAAGUACUGUAUAGAAUAUGGUGUAGGUGUUAUUGGAUUUCACAAAGGCAAUGAGAACAGCUUGCAAAGCUUUCAGUUGAAGGGCUUUCCUUUCCACGUCCACAGCAAUCUGGGUAUUAAGGACUGUUGCAUUAACCCUCAUUCCCCACUGCUCCAUGUGACUAAGUCUUCUAAGCUUGAGAAAGGUCCCUUGCUUGGAAAUGACUGGGCCGUUUUCCAGAUUAAUCAUACAGCUUAUCAACCAGUGAUAUUUGCAAAAGUAAAGACACCAGAAAACCUGUCACCACCUGCUGCUAAAAGUGUUCUCCAUGCCACAGUAAUUCAUGACCUGGGGCUCCACGAUGGGAUUCAACGAGUCCUUUUCGGCAAUAACUUGAAUUUUUGGCUGCACAAGCUGAUUUUCAUAGAUGCCAUCUCUUUCCUAUCUGGAAAGAAGCUCAGACUGUCCUUGGAUAGGUACAUUCUGGUUGACAUAGACGACAUCUUCGUUGGGAAGGAGGGAACAAGAAUGAACACCAACGAUGUACAGGCCCUGCUUGACACUCAGAAUCUUUUGAGAGCUCAGAUUACCAAUUUUACUUUCAACCUGGGAUUUUCAGGGAAAUUUUAUCACACAGGCACUGAGGAGGAAGAUGAAGGCGAUGACCUGUUGUUGAGGUUGGUAGAUGAGUUUUGGUGGUUUCCCCAUAUGUGGAGUCACAGGCAGCCACACCUCUUCCACAACGAGUCGUCACUGGUGGAGCAGAUGAUCCUCAACAAAAAAUUUGCCUUAGAACAUAGUAUUCCAACUGACUUGGGCUAUGCAGUGGCGCCACACCAUUCCGGAGUCUAUCCAGUGCACGUUCAACUUUAUGAUGCCUGGAAAAAAGUCUGGAAUAUCAGAGUUACCAGCACAGAAGAAUACCCACAUCUGAAGCCUGCAAGGUACAGACGAGGCUUCAUCCACAAAAAUAUCAUGGUGCUUCCUAGGCAAACUUGUGGCUUAUUCACCCACACAAUUUUCUAUAAAGAGUAUCCUGGAGGCCCAAAGGAACUAGACAAAAGCAUUCAAGGAGGAGAGUUGUUCUUCACAGUGGUUCUCAAUCCAAUCAGCAUCUUCAUGACACAUUUAUCUAAUUAUGGAAACGACCGCCUGGGAUUAUACACCUUUGUGAAUCUGGCCAACUUUGUUCAUACUUGGACAAACCUGAAACUGCAAACUCUUCCUCCGGUUCAACUAGCUCACAAGUAUUUUGAACUAUUCCCUGAGCAAAAGGACCCUCUCUGGCAGAAUCCCUGUGAUGACAAACGGCACAGAGAUAUCUGGUCUAAAGAAAAAACCUGUGAUCGAUUGCCAAAAUUCUUGGUUGUAGGACCCCAGAAAACCGGUACCACAGCCUUGUAUUUGUUCCUGAUCAUGCAUCCUUCCAUCAUUAGUAACUCCCCCAGCCCAAAAACCUUUGAGGAGGUACAGUUCUUUAAUAGAAAUAACUACCACAGGGGGAUUGAUUGGUACAUGGAUUUCUUCCCCACUCCUUCUAACGUCACCACUGACUUCCUCUUUGAGAAAAGUGCCAACUAUUUCCAUUCUGAGGAAGCUCCUAAGAGAGCUGCUUCCCUCAUCCCCAAGGCCAAGAUCAUCCCCAUCCUCAUCGACCCAUCCGAUCGGGCAUAUUCCUGGUAUCAGCAUCAGCGAUCACAUGAAGAUCCUGCAGCUCUAAAAUUCAGCUUCUAUCAGGUGAUCACAGCUGGACCUCGAGCCCCAUCUGAGCUUAGAGCUCUCCAAAAGAGAUGCCUAGCACCUGGAUGGUAUGCUACCCAUAUUGAAAGAUGGCUAACUUACUUCCCACCUUACCAGUUGCUAAUUAUUGAUGGACAGCAGCUGAGAACCGACCCGUCUACCGUGAUGGAUGAAGUACAGAAAUUUCUGGGAGUCUCUCCUCAUUACAAUUACUCUGAAGCCCUAACGUUCGAUUCACAUAAAGGUUUCUGGUGCCAGCUCCUGGAAGAAGGAAAAACAAAGUGUCUUGGAAAGAGCAAAGGUAGAAAAUACCCUCCUAUGGAUUCUGAGUGCAGGGCUUUUCUGUCAAGCUACUACAGAGAUCACAACGUGGAACUGUCAAAACUCCUACACAAAUUGGGACAACCCCUGCCAUCGUGGCUGAGACAGGAGCUGCAGAAAGUAAGAUAG